CGCGAGCAGCGUCGUCGGGGUAGAUUCGGGCGGAAACGGUGUGUCGCGGUGCGAGGAUUCUUACGUCGUCGUUCUCCGGUUAAGGGACAGACAGAGGCGGCAUCGGCGGUGCUCCGCAAACGGACACGAAGACGGUGACGGGGUCGCGGGGACAGGCAGGCACGAGGAUAGGCGUUCGGCGGGGGCUGCGGCGCGCGGCAGUGGCCGCCGCGGUGGUCGAACAGGGGGCAAAGGAGUUUAGGAGUGGAGCGGUGGAGAGGAGAGGAGAGUGGUGGGGGCGACGUGUGUGCUGGCGGCAGUGUGAGGUUGGUCGGUGCGCGUCCCGUGGUCGUGGGUAUUUAUUUUGCGUUCCUGGUGUCGUCGCCGUCGACACCGAGGUGAUUCCGAGAUUCGGCGAGCCCUGUAUCGCGGCGCGGUGGCAAGCGCGAGGUCGAGAGAGGCUCCGAGGAGAGGAAGGGAGAGAGAGAAAGAGAUAGAGCGAGGGAGUGAAAAGAGGGAAGGGUGAGAGACAGAGAGAGAGAGAGAGAGAGAGAGAGUGGGAGAGAGAAAGAGUGAGAGCACAAUCAGGGGAAAUAAUCGACGGCACAUAAUCCGACGUCCCCGUGAACACGUCCGUCAAGUCCUCCGAUGUCUAGUGCUGAGGUGGUGGAGAGCUCCGUUGAUCCCCCAGCCAAGAAGCGACGCGUUGGUGCUGCCAGCACGACGGGAGGAGCCGACGACGAGCUGACGACGACGAACGUGGCGGAGAUGGACGUAGACAUGGCGAAGAACGGCUCCACGAGCAGCAGCGGCGGCGGCAGCGGCGGAGGCACCACCGGCCGGUCACCCGCCGAGAUCGACGAGGGUCUAUACUCGCGGCAGCUCUACGUCCUCGGACACGACGCCAUGCGCCGCAUGGCGUCCUCGGACGUGCUCAUCUCCGGCCUCGGCGGCCUCGGGAUCGAGAUCGCCAAGAACGUCAUCCUCGGCGGCGUCAAGUCUGUCACGCUCCACGACCAUGCCGUGUGCAAAUUGGUCGAUCUGGGCUCGCAGUUUUAUCUCACCGAGGCUGACGUAGGUAAGAACCGUGCGGCAGCGUGCUGUCAACGUCUGUCGGAGCUGAACAAUUACGUGCCUACUCGUCACUACUCCGGUCCGCUGAACGAGGCGUAUAUCCAGCAGUUCAAAGUUGUGGUGCUGACGGAAACACCGCUGGUCGAGCAGCUGCGCAUCGCGCAGAUCACCCGCGCCAACGGCAUUGCCCUAAUACUCGCCGACACCCGCGGCCUCUUCUCGCAGGUAUUCUGCGACUUCGGUGAGACGUUCACGGUGGUGGACACAAAUGGCGAGCCGCCGGUGAGCGCGAUGGUAGCCAGCAUCUCUCGCGACAGCGAAGGUGUUGUCACGUGUCUGGAUGACACUCGCCACGGCAUGGAGGACGGCGACUACGUGACUUUCUCUGAGGUGCAGGGCAUGACCGAACUAAAUGGAUGCGACCCGAUUAAGAUCAAAGUGUUGGGCCCAUACACCUUCAGCAUUGGCGAUACUUCCAGGUUUUCCGAGUACGUGCGCAGCGGUAUCGUGACGCAAGUGAAGAUGCCCAAAACCUUGCACUUCACGCCGCUGCAAACCGCCCUGAAGAAGCCCGAGUUUCUCGUCACGGACUUUGGCAAAUUCGACUAUCCGGAACAAUUACAUCUGGCCUUCCUGGCGCUACAUCAGUACAUGGCUGAUAGAGGCACAUUGCCGCGACCAUGGAACCAGUCAGAUGCCGACGAGUUUAUCACCAUCGCCGAACAGAUCAAGGACAGCUACGGUUUCGACACCGAGAUUAAUGGCGAGUUGCUACGCACGUUUGCCAAGGUGUCCGCUGGCGAUUUGAACCCCAUGAACGCCACAAUCGGCGGUAUUGUUGCCCAGGAGGUGAUGAAAGCCUGCUCCGGCAAGUUCCAUCCAAUCUAUCAAUGGAUGUACUUCGACGCCAUCGAGUGUCUGCCCGUUGACCAUUCGGAGCUUACCGAGGAAGACUGCUGUCCCACGGGAUCCCGUUAUGAUUCUCAGAUGGCUGUUUUCGGCAAGAAAUUCCAGUCCAAGAUCGGCAGUUUGAAAUACUUUGUGGUCGGUGCCGGCGCAAUUGGUUGUGAAUUGUUGAAGAACUUUGCGAUGAUCGGCGUUGGCGCGGAAAACGGUUGUGUCACGGUGACUGACAUGGACCUGAUCGAGAAGUCCAACUUGAAUCGGCAGUUUCUGUUCAGGCCGUCGGACGUGCAGCAAUCCAAAUCGGCGACCGCGGCCAGAGUCAUCAAGGGCAUGAAUCCCGACAUGAAGGUGAUCGCGCACGAGAAUCGGGUGUGCCCGGAAACGGAGAAGAUCUACAACGACGAUUUCUUCGAAGUGCUGGACGGCGUGGCGAACGCGCUUGACAACGUGAACGCCCGUAUUUACAUGGACCGUCGUUGCGUGUACUACCAUAAACCCCUACUGGAAUCCGGUACGCUCGGCACUAAAGGCAAUACCCAGGUGGUGGUACCAUUCCUCACUGAAUCAUACAGUUCGUCGCAGGACCCGCCGGAAAAGAGCAUUCCUAUCUGUACGCUCAAGAACUUCCCCAAUGCCAUCGAGCAUACUCUGCAAUGGGCCCGCGACAACUUCGAAGGCCUGUUCCGUCAGUCAGCGGAGAACGCGGCGCAGUACAUUUCCGAUCCGCAGUUCGUCGAUCGGACGCUCAAGCUGCCCGGUGUGCAGCCCCUCGAAGUGUUGGAGUCCGUCAAGACGGCGCUGAUCGACGAGAGACCGGACAACUUCGCCGAUUGCGUGGCGUGGGCCCGUUGCCACUGGCAGGAGCAAUACAGCAAUCAAAUCCGCCAGCUGUUAUUCAACUUUCCACCGGAUCAGGUGACCUCGAGCGGUCAGCCCUUCUGGUCCGGCCCGAAACGCUGUCCAGAUCCAUUAAUCCUCGACGUCAAUGACUCCCUGCACGUGGAUUACAUCGUUGCUGCUGCCAAUCUCAAGGCCAAAGUUUACGGAAUUCCCACAAACCGCGAUAGGGAAGAGAUCGCCAGGAUCCUUGCCACCGUCAAAGUACCAGAUUUCACACCCAAAUCCGGCGUGAAGAUCGCCGAAACAGACUCACAGGUGCAAGUAUCGAAUGGCAGCGGUAACAUCGACCACGAACGACUGUCGCAGCUGCAGGAGGAGCUGCCGAAGAUGGAGGAUCUGAACGGCCUGGCGAUUUAUCCGCAGGAAUUCGAAAAGGACGACGACACCAACUUCCACAUAGACUUCAUUGUCGCGGCGUCGAAUCUGCGCGCUACCAACUACAAAAUCUCACCGGCGGAUCGGCACAAGAGCAAAUUGAUCGCCGGCAAAAUCAUCCCGGCGAUCGCCACCACCACCUCGGUGGUGGCCGGCCUCGUCUGUCUGGAACUGUACAAGCUGACCCGCGGCGUGCGCGACUUGUCGCUGUACAAGAACGGCUUCGUGAAUCUGGCGCUGCCGUUCUUCGGCUUCAGCGAGCCGAUCGCCGCCCCCAAGCUCAAGUACUACGACAUCGAGUGGACGUUGUGGGACCGUUUCGAAGUAAAGGGCGAGCUGACGCUGAAGGAGUUCCUCGACUACUUCAAAGAGCGCCACAAUCUCGAAGUGACGAUGCUGUCGCAGGGUAUCUGCAUGCUGUACUCGUUCUUCAUGGCGAAGCCCAAGUGUCAGGAGCGUAUGGGCCUGCUCAUGUCGGAGGUGGUGAAGAAGGUGUCGAAGAAGAAGCUGGAGCCGCACGUGCGCGCCCUCGUGUUUGAGCUGUGCUGCAACGACGAGGACGGGAACGACGUUGAGGUGCCGUACGUGCGCUACACUCUACCCUGACUCGCCCGCGCGGCCCCCGAUCGCGCCAGAUGAUGUCUACUUAACUGAGACACUUAGCCGUACAUAGUGAUUUCUACAAAUUUCUAUUUUACGACGAUGUAAUACAUACAGGAGACAUUAACUGCUGCUGAUCCUCGUCUAUGAAUGUCUGUGUGAGGCACUCUUUCUUUCUACAUAUAUAUAUAUAUAUACAGAUUUUUCUUUUUUUUUCUUCGUCGUCAGAGAGAUACGAAUUCUCACGCGUUACUACCGCCAGCGCUUAGUAGUAGUGAUCUUGAAGCAGCAGGUGCGUGCGACAGCGAGGUCGGAUUCUUCGUUUCGUUUUAGGGAAUGAAAUUUGUAGGCGAAUUUGACCUCCAAAAAGGCUUUCCCGAUCUGUCGCUACGAACCGUGCCGGAUUGUGAUAUCGUACGGGUUGUAUACUGUUUUAACAUUCAAAUCGUCGUUCUUUCGUUCAGAUAUCGAAUAGCCAAUUUCCUUAUUUUCAUUGAAAUGCUUUGUAAUGAAAUUCUUUUUCUUUUAAUCGAGAUGGACGGAUCCAUAAUAAAGAACGGUAAAAAAUAAAUUAAUAAACUCUUGAUGUACUAUGAACUUGUUAUUUAAAUCAAAUAAAUUAACGAGUUAUCGAAUUUCUGCAGAGUUACACUUGUGCAUAUACGCAAAUUCUACCAAGUAUCUUUAUAUAUCUUGAUAUACGCAAAUAGAUCGCGCAUUUCUCACGUCUCUGAUGAUGUCAUAAUCCGAUAUACACGAUCGCAGCGACGUAUCCGCGGAGUAUCUCGCGUUCAGCUUUCCGGCUAAAUUUAAUUUUCUCGUUUUUCUCUUCGCUGUACCUUACUUCGACCGGUUUGCUCACGAUUGCGAUCCGAUCGGGGAAAAGGAAGAAGAGAAAAUAGAAGCGAAUGCCAAAUUUCUACAAGGAGGAGGAGGAGGAAAAGGAAAAGGAAAAGGAAGAAGAGGAUGAUAUCUUUGAUGAGAUUGACUUUCUUUCAGCUUUCACUCCGUAUGCCGCACCGUUUCCGUAGAAUCUGAUGUAAAUCAAACUGGAGAGAUGAAAAACUCUUUAUUUUAUCCCAUAAAGUUCCUUAGAUCGAUGUAUUAUUAAAUGGAUUAUUACGUAAUCCCGUAGAAGAAAUAUGUGAAUAUAAUCAGCCUUGAGUUGUUGACGAAAAUACAA